AUGAUGAGAGACUCUGGAGACGAUGAUGAAUCCCAAGGCCAAAUGACGCCACGGCGAACCCCUACGCCAGGGAACCCCCUUGUCUUGCGCCCUUCGGCCGCUACAUCGCAACCAGUGACACGUCUUCGAUUGCGGAGCACCCAGCAGAAUGAGCAUACCUCUGGUAUGGCAGAUCAGGAUACCGAAAGCAAACCCACGCAAGGUGGAGAUCAGCAGGAGGAUAAGAGAGCUUUGCAUGGACGUCAUACCAGAGGUCUAGCUGUGCCUCAAAGCCAGAUGAUCAAUCUCACGCCCGGGAAGGCUAGGCAAGAAGUAGUGCCUUCAGUGGUGACGCCUGGGGUGGAUCUGACUCGCCAGGGAGAGCUGCGGGCUCGCAUGAUCCGAGACUUGGCCAGGACUGACCCCGUACGCGCAUACCUCCAAGGGCUGGCAUAUUUGGAAGAGGGAAUGGCACUAAGAGAGUCCGCGCAUGGAUUGGUCAUACCGGUAAUUGAGGAAUGUUCUAAAGUCCCUGGGUUUGACAAGAUGCGGAAAGCAGAUAUCUCGCGCUGGAAACAGGCCGAAGGGAUAAAGAAAGAACAUGAGGAGACAACACACAAGGUCCAGAAGGCUUGGGAAGCAGUUGAAAGGAACUGGGGGCCAGAGGUUUUUGGUACCCUUCGCCCCCUCGCGAGGCAUUACGCCUACGCUGCAGCCUGCCGAAAGAUGUCGAGGAGUUAUUCCUGGGCAACAAUAAGAAAUUGCAGCCACCUAUGCACUCUGCGUCGAAUCCAGGGGGCCAACAAGAAUGUCGAGAGCCAGUACUAUCAAACAGUGGCGACUGAUAUUCAAAAUGCCGAGAAGAUUUGCAGACUGGAGGGGCCACCAAUGCUGGUGGAGGAGGAGGAAUUGCAUGCCUGGCGGCUGUACCAGCGGGAUGACGGGCUUCUGGCGCAAUUGACAGAGUUUCACCUCCAUCUCAUACAAGCCAAGAGGAACUCCCAAGGAGCAGAGGGCCGCCAUGUCUCAGGUAUGGUGAAGGGAAGCGAGAAUGUGCGCCCACAAUCAAUCCCUGAAACGCAAGACUGGACCGAGCCAGGAAGCGAAGACCCUAACGCCACGGAGGAAACUGAUCUCAUGGAUUGCCGGGAGGACACCACAGAUGGGCCUACCCCAGGUACAGUAGUCAUUCGCACGCAGGAUCAACUACAGGUCCGGAUGCCAGGGGCGACCUGGACCUACCAGUUGAACCCGCACACGAGGCGCUUGAUUGAAGAGGCCAUGGAACGGGUUUUGAUGCAGGCAGGACUACAAGAAGGGGCCCAACCAGGGGAGGGCCGCACCUUGACAUCAUUGAUUGAGAGGAGUCGCGUCGAGGAAAUAGAGGGGCGGCUGGAAGAUGAAGGGGAGGAGUCUGCUGGAGAGGAGGUUGUCAUCACACAGGGAUUCACACCCGUGAAUUGUCCCCAGGCGGCUCCUCGCCGUCGCAGGAGCCGCGACAGAGUGUACCGCGCCCCUCAUACUACAAAGCGCAGGAAGACGGUUCAGGAUGGCAAACAGGGGGACCCAGGUCUGGAGGGCGAAAACAAUGAGCACGCCUCAGGUAUGACGACAAUGUCGAUAGAAGAAUUGGAAGGAAUCAUCUCAGCCGUUGUCCCUGACUCAGAAAACUUGGCAUUUGAAAGGAACGCCCAGGCUGCCGAAGAGCGAGAGCUGACCACACGCCAACUGGGAGCGGAGCUAGACGACUUCAUUGAAGCGCAAGCAGAAAAGGUGGGAAGGGAGGCAAGUCUGGACACCAGGGGAGUACGGGAGCGCCUGGAGCACCUGAUUCAUGGGGAGAAGGCCUUCCAGGGUCGGGACAAUGAACGCGAGAAGGUGCAGUGGGGAUCAAGGGAUACUGUGAAGGGGUGGUAUCAGCGAGAAAGAGAGUAUCGAGCUGGAGGCGAAGCACCGAAUGGGGAGUCAGAAGGGACGGCUACCUGCAAGGGUUUGCCUCGAGGGAAGGUCCUGCACGUUCAAGAUGACGCCCACAGGGCAAGCCCAAGGGCCUCCCUCGAAGAUAUUGCCGAUGAGACUGGACUUGAACGGUUCUACAUUGAACGGGACCCUGAGGCUGGAGACUGGAAGGUUUACGAGAUCGCGGGGUAGGUGUGAGUUGUGACGCCCUCGCCGAGGGGGCCCUGGGAAGUUUCGAAUGCCGUCAACAAUAACAAUUUCU